AUGGGCGUCGAUGCCGUGGCCAUCGAGAGGCUGACGGCCCAGGAGCUCUCGCACUGGGCCGACCUCCGGAUCGACUUCGCCAUUGUGGGGCUCGACGGUUGCGGCACCACGUCCUUGCGGCACAAUCUGGCAAAGCAUCCGGAGAUCAACUUCACACACCUGUCCGUCCACAACCAGGAUGAAGAUUUCUUUUUCAUGGAGAUGGGCCGGCAGACCUUGCCUCUCAUGUCGCAGGUGAAGCGGCUCAAGGCGCAUCGGGACGCGAUGGUUGGAGUGAAGCGUCUCGGCGUCUACCAGCCCGUUAUGUGGCGUGAGGAAGUGCUGGAAUUCGUGUUCAGCUUGAUUCCGGACAUGCGAAUCGUGCUGGCAGUGUGCGAUCCGGUGGAUCGCUUCGAGAGGAAGCUUCACUUGGAGCACGACGCCAACCCUUCGAAACUCCAGGAGCUGAUGGCUCGCAAGUUGGAGGACAAGACUGGGUAUUUGCGCUUCGGCGCGGCGCUGGCUUCCAUGAAGAGAUCCUUCGGCGAUCACCUGCUCCUCCUAGAAAAGGACGACCUCAAUGACCCUGAGACCUUUGAGCGCGCAGCCCGUUUCCUGGACUUGGGGUCUUUUCCCUCUCGUGCACGUCUCAAGCGCUACAACUCCCGUGGACGGCACAGAACACCUGUGUGUUCGCAGCCAUCGCUGAUCGACGCCGUGAAGGACGUGAUGUCACCGGAGUACGAAGUCUUGGAGGCCCUGCUGCCACGACCCUCGGAGAGGCUGCGGCAGCGCCUCACGCGCUGCGAGUCACCGGACGGCUUCGAAGAGGAGAACCUGAAGCUGCUGCGCUGGCGCAACAGCUGGCAUGCCGUCAGGGAGUUCUGCCAGGAAUGUGGCGCUUCCAUGACCAUCUCCUACAGCAGUCAGAGGGGCACCAUUUGGCUGAGCGCGGCGGCCUUCGAGAAGAGCGCCUUCGCGGGGCCCGUGGACCACGGGCAGGCCAUGCACAUCUGCUGCGACUUCGCGCCCCCGUGGCAUCUGCCCGAGCGCUGGCCCAACGAUGGCCUGCGCCGGGUGGGUGACGUCUGCGAUGACGAGGAGGGGGACAAUUCACCACGCUUCCUUGAGGUCGCGGAAAACAGCGACGACGAGGAGAAGCAACUGCUGGAGGCUUUGCGCCGAAGCCGCCUGCAGCUCGAAGCUGGACAGGGCAGCUCUUCCUCAAGCUCGUCGCAGGUUUUUCCGCAAGCUCGUGCGAUUGAGGGCAGCUCGUCCUCAAGCUCGUCGCAGGUUUCGCCGGAGGCUCGAGCGCUGCAGGAGCUGGCCGGAUGCAGUUUGGACGAGGCAGUGCAGGCCCUCCGAACUUUUGGCAGCGCUGACGCCGCAGCAGAUGCGCUCCUGGGUGGGACGCCGGAGCCAGCGCCGAGCAUCGCUCCGAAGGCCGCGAGCCUCUCCGAAACGGGGAAGAGGCCGGCAGAGUCGGCAGGGGAGGUCCCGGAGGCCAAGAAGCCCAUGUCAGGGGCGGCGAUGGGCGCAGGCAGAGCCUUUGGAGCAGGUGCCUUUUCAAGGCGACUGAGCCAGGUGACUGCCAGCAUCGACUUGGACUGA